UUUAUAUUGAGACAUACAGUUCUAAUAAAUAUUUACAAUGACUUCUUUUAAUCUCAUAUAUUAAAUAUAUAUGGAGGUCAAUGUAUCGAUAGAGCAUAAGUCAAGGUAAGACAUUUUAUCGAAAAAAAAAGAGUAGAUAAAUGAGCCGAUAUCCAUUGAUCCACAUACGACAUACCAUAAUCACAUUUAUGCCCUUAAAUUCUUGACGUGUAAACAUGUGUAGUGAGCUAGUAAUCCAUAGUCCAAGUUAAUUAAGUUUAAUCAAACAAAGCCCUAAAUUCAAGAAUGUACAAAUAGAUACGGAUUGUACAACAAAUUCAAGUCGUAACUAAAUUAGCCAACAUCCACUCGAUCUGGGCACCAUUACCAUCUAAUCAUCUAUAAGUUCUAAUGUUCUAUACCUCUAUAAAAUGUCCAAAAGAAUAAUAAUAAUAAAAAAAAAAUUAAAAUAAAAUAAAUAAAUAAAUAAAUAAGUGUAAUUGUGAAAUUUGUGACUUGUGUAGUAGAGUUGUAGACUAUUAGUCCAAGUUAAAUUCCAAGACCACCAACAAAGCCCAAAAUUCAGGUGUGUGUACAAAUACAGCCAAUUCACAAAACUAAUUCUCAGACAAUUAUUUUUGGCAUUUUCGUAUUUUUGUGCUCUGCUUCUCACUAAACCCACAACAAUGGCGUCUCUUCCAAUGGAGUUAAUCACCUCCAUUCUUACCCGAUUACCUGCAAAAUCACUAGCUCGCUUCAAAUGCGUUUCUAAAGAUUGGAAUUCCCUACUCAAAACCUCCCAUUUCCUCAAACUUUACCUCGCUCAAUCUCUCUCCUCCAACAAUCGUCUCCUUAUUCUCAACUAUGGCAGUCACUUGGAAACGACGCCAUUAAAGCUGAACUCCGAGUUCGACCCUUCAGCUAAUGCUACUACUUACUCCAGGUUUGAUCUACCCACUUCAUUUUCUGGUUACGAGUUUUCGAUUUCUGGGUCUUGUAAUGGAUUAGUAGCUUUGAGUUGUAGAAAUGUUGAUAAUCCUCAAUUGUUUGAGAUUAUGUUAUGGAACCCAUCUACUAAUACCCAUAUCAUACUUCCUCAUCCCCCUCAUAAUGAAGAACUGGCUCCGGAUUUUAUCAAUAUCAAUUUUGGUUUUGGGUAUGCUUUUGAUAGAGAUGAUUAUAGGAUUGUGACUAUUGCUGAUUAUUUCCAUCCUGAUGAUUCUGUUUGUGAGGAUGGUUGCGAUUGUGGUGGUGAUGUUGGUGGUGGUAGUGGUGAUGAUGGUGGUAUAGAUAACGGUGGUGGUGAUAAUGGUGGUGGUAGUGGUGGUGAUGAUGGUGGUAUCGAUAGCGGUGGUGGUGGUAAUGGUGGUGGUAGUGGUAGUGGUGGUGAUGAUGGUAGUAUCAAUAGCGGUGGUGGUGAUAUUGGUGGUGGUGGUGGUGGUGGCGGCGGUAAUGAUGGUGAUGGGAGUGGUCAUAGGUGCAAGUUUGGUUAUAUAUUCAGGGAAGUUAGGAUUUAUAGCUUGAGAGCGAAUCAAUGGUAUAUACAUCAUAUUUUAGGUUGUAUAUAUGAUAAGAUGAUGUGGGAUAGCCCUGGUGCAGUGAUUAACAACAAUGUAGUUCAUUGGAUGUUCUGGAACUGUCUUGAGAGAAAGCCUCAGGUCAGAGGGUUUAAUCUCUCGUCCUUAGAAUGGACUGAUUAUUUGGCAUUGCCUGAUCUCACAGGAUCAGGGAAAAAGGGUUAUAGCUCUGAUGAUGAUUCGCGGUCUAGUUAUGGCUAUAUACCUGAUGACUUCGUUGUAAUAGGGGUUGUAGACGAAUGCUUAUGCUUAGUGACUCGAAUUUGCCCUGAGUUCGAUAAUGUCUAUGUUUGGCUCAUGAAAGAGUAUGGUGUUGAAGAGUCUUGGACUAAAUUGUUUAAUAUCACCGAGGCCAGCAUUGUCGGACCUUUGUUGAGUGCUCCACUUGCUUGUUCUGAAGGAGGAGAUGCAGUUCUGCUGAGAAGAGAAAAUGAGGGUGACCUUUGCUGCUAUAAUCUGAGGGAAAAAACUAUCAAAGCUGCUCCUACUAUUCCCAGCAGCCUUAAGCUUCAUGAUUUCAGCCUUUGUGUUGAAAGCUUCGUUCCUAUUGCAAUGAGGAUAGCAAUGAACAUUCUUCAGCAAAUGAGGCAAAAGAGUGAGUGAUAUCUUCUCGUUUCAUAGGGUGCUUAUCUAGUGGAGUAGUAGUUUGUUAAUUUGGAGGAUAUCAUGUUUCUGUCAUAGCUAGCUGAGUUGCUUCUGAGAUUAGAUGGAUCCUGAUGCAUAAGAUCUUGUUUGGUUGCCUCUUUUUUUUAUCUUUUAUGCUUUCUUUUGUUCUGAAUCUUCAUUAUAUAGUUUUCUGUAGUUUGGUUGUGAACUUGUGAUGUGUAGUAGACGAGUAAUACUCCUAAAUCUUCACUAAAGAUUGAGGAGCUUCUCUCUUGGAAUGAAAAAAAA